AAGAAAGGCAGGAAUCAUUAGAGAAGCUGGAAGAAAGCUAGAGGAAAGGCUCUGACCUCCAAUAGAUUUGGUCAUGGUCACCCUCCUCCUCGCCUUCCGGCUCUCCCCUCUCCUCCUCCUCCUCCUCGCCGGUCCGGCCAUUGUCACCGCCGGCGAUCUCGAUGCCGCCGUGCCGCCCGACACCGAGGCGGCGGCGCUCCUGCGCCUCAAGGCGACGCUGAGUGACCCGGCGAACGCGCUGGAGGCGUGGUCGCCGUCGUCGCCGUCGGCGCCGUGCAACGACACCCACCCGUGGCCGAGGGUGCAGUGCUACAAUGGCGGCCUCAUCGGCCUCCGGCUCUCUCACCUCAACCUCUCCGGCGAGUUCGACUUCGCGGCGCUGUCCCGCCUCCCGGGCCUGCACUCCAUCAACCUCAUGCGCAACAACUUCUCCGGACCGCUUCCGGCGAGCCUCGCCACCGUGCGCAGCCUCCGUGCGCUCUACCUGUCGAGCAACGCGUUCACCGGCCCUGUCCCCGGCGAGGUGUUCCACACGAUGAGCUGGCUCAAGAAGCUCUACCUCGACAACAACGAUUUCUCCGGCGUGCUCCCGGCGGACGCCAUCGCCGGCGCCCCGCGCCUCCUCGAGCUCCACCUCGAUCACAACCGGAUCGAAGGCCCUGUCCCGUCCAAGCUCCCGGCCACGCUCCGGCGGUUCAAUGUGUCGUAUAACCAUCUCUCCGGCGUGCUGCCGGAGGCCGUCGCUGUGCGAUUCAACGAGUCAGCGUUCGCCGGGAACCCCGGCCUGUGCGGCGCGCCUGGGAGCGACCCCGGCGCGUGCGCGGUGGCCUCGAAGGGGCCUCUGCACUCCGCGAUGCCGCCGAUGUCGGCGGCCGACUACCUCGCCGUCCAGGAGGAGACCAGCGUGUUCGUCGUGAUGGGCAUUAUCAUGCUCGUCGUCCUCCUCGUCACCGGCGCCAUGGUACUCAUGCUCCGGCAGGACGAGAAGAGCAACGCGACGUCGGCGGCAUACCAGCAAGCCGCCGCCGCCGCCGCCGCCGCCACCUCAGGCGCGCCGACCGUGCCACGCGCCGGCUCCGCCGAGAUGGUGGCCAUGGAGCAGGGCGGCGGCGGGUCCAGCCACGGUGGAAGCAGCCAGGGCUCCCGCGGCGGCGGCGGCGGCGGCGGCGGCGGCGGUGGGCGGAAGAUGGCCGAGUUCGUCCUGAUGAGCAACGUCGCCGGCGAGUUCGGGCUGCCGGAGCUGAUGAAGGCGUCCGCCGAGGUGCUCGGCAACGGCAACCUCGGGUCGGCGUACAAGGCCGCCAUGCGCAACGGCGUCACCGUCGCCGUGAAGCGCAUGCGCGACAUGAACCGCGUCGGCCGCGUCGAGUUCGAGGAGCACCUCCAGAUGCUCGGCGAGCUCCGCCACCCCAACGUCCUCUCCCCCGUCGGCUACCACUACCGCAAGGAGGAGAAGCUCAUCGUCUCCGAGUUCAUGCCACGCGGCAGCCUCCUCUACGUCCUCCAUGGGGACCAGAGCCCGGAGAGGGUGGUGCUGGACUGGCCGGCGAGGCUGCGGAUCGCCGUCGGCGUGGCCCGCGGCAUGGCGUACCUCCACGAGAAGCUGGGGAUCCCGGCGAUGAGGCUGGUGAGCAUGGACGGCGCCGACUUCGACGCGCCGCCGCCGCCGCCGCCGCACGGGAACCUCAAGUCCGGGAACAUCCUCCUCGACGGCGAGCUGGAGCCGCGGAUCGUGGACUACGGCUUCUUCCCGCUCGUCAACACGGCGCAGGCGCCGCAGGCCAUGUUCGCGUUCCGGUCGCCCGAGGCCUCCGGCGGCGCCGGCGCCGGCGCCGCGCGCUCCGCCGUGUCGGCGAGGUCCGACGUGUACUGCCUCGGCGUCGUGCUUCUCGAGCUCGUCACGGGGAAGUUCCCCUCGCAGUACCUCCUCAACGCGCGGGGAGGCACCGACGUGGUGCAGUGGGCGGCGUCGGCCGUGGCCGACGGCGCCGAGCAGGAGAUCGUCGACCCCGUCCUCGCCAACGCCGGCGCCGGCGCCGCCGCGGUGCGUCUGCUGCGGGUGGGCGUCCAGUGCACCAUCCCGGAGCCGGAGUGCCGGCCCAACAUGGCGGAGGCGGCGAGGAUGGUGGAGCAGGUCGCCGCCGCCGGCGCGUCGUGAUCACUCUCGCUCGGUGCAUGGGAGCAGUGGAUCCGUCAUGCACGGCACAUGCAUGCAUGCAUGCGGAGCUCGAACGUGGACAAAUCCUAGCCGUUGAUCAGAGAGGAGGGGACGACGUGGACAAAUCCUGGUCGGCAUGCGUGUGAAUGGUGGUGAGGGGAGUGUCGUUGGGCCGUGUGUAUAUUCAAGUGUCUGAAUUUGUAAAAAAAAAAAGAAAAUGAAGCAAAAUGAAAACUAAAAAAAUGGGGAAAUAGAAUGAUUCAAGGGCAAACAUGUAAUUUCAUUUA